AUGGGGACCCUCAGCUGUGACCCAGCGGCUAGGCUGGCCACCAUGCCCCUGGCCCGGCGCGUGGCUGAGGGCCACAUUCCUGAUACCGGGCUGAGGAAGUCCUGUGGAAUGGCCACCCUGGAGAAUGGCUCUGGACCUGGCUUAUACGUUCUUCCAUCCACUGUUGGCUAUGUCAAUCAUGAUUGCACCAAGGCAGCAAGUCCCGCCUACUCACUCGCUCAGAGGCCCAGUGAAGCACCUCUUCAGGACUCCAGCCCAGGACCUAUCUACUUCUUGGACCCGAAAGUUACACGCUUUGGCCGGAGCUGUUCCCCUGCCUACUCCAUUCAGGGCCGGGGCAAGACUCGAGGUCUGGAGGUGACACCAGGCCCUGGGGCCUACAGCCCAGAGAAGGUGCCCCCAGUACACCAUCGGAACGCCCCAGCUUUCACCCUGGGCUUCCGCCUUCGACAGAAGCCCCCGGACACCUCUGCUCCUGCUCCCAAUGCCUACAGUAUGCCACCCCUCUGGGGAUCACAGGUCUUUAUUAAACCUAGCAGCCCCAGCUACACAGCAGCGGGCCGCACGGCCCCGGCACGCCCCCCUCAGGAUCCCUCGGAGACUCCAGGCCCUGGGCAGUAUGAGAGUCCUGACCCCAACGCUUACCGGCAGCGUACUCCAGCCUUCAGCAUACUGGGGAGACCCCGAGCCCCACGGCCCCUGGAGGAGACACCUGGUCCUGGUACCCACAACCCAGAACAGGUCACCGUGAACCGGGUCCGCGCCCCAGCAUACACCAUGGGCAUCCGUCACUCAAAGCGGGCGUCCACCAUGGCGGGGAGUGCCAAACGCUGA